UUUGCUGUGGCAUGUGUUUUCUUGAAAUAUGUGGGUAUGUUGCUGGUAUGGUGUGUGAGGUCAGCUCACAUAAAAGAGGAGAGAAGGAAGCCUGAGGGAGGAGAGCAGAGGCCAGCCUGAGGCAGCUGCAGCUUACAUUGGGACCUGUGGUGUUGGGACCAGAUCCUGCUCACUUGGCAAGUUGCUAUGACCGAACCACAGACGGCUCCCAUUUGUCUGGUGGAAAACCACAAUGAACAGCUGUUGGUGAACCGGAAAGCCAUGGAGAUUCUGGAUGAUAUUUCUGAGCCCGUGGUAGUUGUGGCUGUUGUUGGAUUGUACCGUACAGGGAAGUCCUACUUGAUGAACUGUCUGGCAGGACAGAAUCAUGGCUUCCCUCUGGGCUCCACCGUGCAGUCUGAGACCAAGGGCAUCUGGAUGUGGUGUGUGCCACACCCCACCAAGCCAAAGCACACCCUGGUCCUCCUGGACACCGAGGGCCUGGGGGAUGUGGAAAAGGGUGACCCUAAGAACGACUCCUGGAUCUUCGCCUUGGCCUUGCUUCUCAGCAGCACCUUCAUCUACAACAGCAUGAGCACCAUCAACCACCAGGCCCUGGAGCAGCUGCAUUACGUCACAGAACUCACUCAGCUGAUCAGGGUAAAGUCCUCCCCAAAUUGUGAGGGAAUAAAGAAUUCCACGGAGUUUGUGAGUUUCUUCCCAGACUUCAUCUGGGCUGUUCGGGAUUUUAUGCUGGAGCUGAAGUUAAAUGGAAAAGACAUCACACAGGAUGAGUACCUGGAGAAUGCCCUGAAGCUUCUCCCAGGCAACAGUCCCAAAAAACAAGCAUCCAACUUGCCCAGGGAAUGCAUCAGACAAUUCUUUCCUAACCGGAAGUGCUUUGUCUUUGACCGGCCAACGAAUGACACAGAAUUCUUACAGAAACUUGAGACAGUCUCAGGAGACCAACUGAACCCCAAGUUCCAGGAACAAACAAGGGCUUUCAUUUCUUACGUUUUCACCCAUGCAAAGAUCAAGACCCUCAGAGCAGGAAUUACGGUCACCGGGAAUCGCCUGGGGACUCUGGUGAUGACCUACGUGGAUGCCAUCAGGAGUGGAGCAGUGCCUUGCCUGGAUGACGCGGUGACAAUUCUGGCCCAGCGGGAGAACUCGGCAGCUGUGCACAAGGCUGCUGAGCACUACAGCGAGCAGAUGGGCCGGCAGCUGAAGCUGCCCACAGACACGCUCCAGGAGCUGCUGGAUAUACACACAGCCUGUGAGAAGCAAGCCUUGGCUGUCUUCAUGGAGCACUCCUUCAAGGAUGAAAACCAGCAAUUCCAGAAGAAGCUGCUGAAAUUAAUAUGUCAGAAGAAAAGGACUUUCCUGUUGAAGAAUGAACAGGCAUCAUAUAAAUACUGCCAGGAAGAACUGAAUCGACUUUCAAAUGCUUUUAUGGAAAAUUUUUCAGCCUUUUCUGCUCCUGGAGGGCACAGGCUGUACAUGGACAGGAAGGAGAAGAUAGAGCAUGAGUACUGGCAGCUGCCAAGGAAAGGGGUGAAGGCAACUGAAGUCUUCCAGAGCUAUCUGAAGUCACAGGCCGCCAUCGAGAGCUCCAUCCUGCAGGCAGAUACAGCGCUCACCGCUGGGGAGAAGGCCAUUGCAGAGGAGCGGGCCCAGAAGGAGGCGGCUGAGAAGGAACAGGAGUUGCUAAGACAGAAGAAUAAGGAGACGGAGCAACAACUGGAGGCUCGAGAGAAAAGUCACAAGGAAAACCUAGAGCAAUUGAGAACGAAGUUGGUGCAGGAGAGAGAGCAGCUCAUCAAAGAUCAGAAAAUGAUGCUGGAGAAGCAGCUGCAGGAGCAAAAGGCUUUGCUUGAGCAAGGAUUUGAGAAGAAAGCUCAGGAAAUGAAUAAACAAAUAGAGCUAUUGAAAUGUGGCAUCGAGGAAAUGAAAAGAAACAGUGGUUCCUUUAUAGACACUAUCAUAAAAGGAGCUGCUUCCGUUCUUUUUGCCCCUCUUUACCUGGUUGCAGAAGGUGUGAAAGGCUUUAUUUCAUUAUUUAAAUAGGAUUUACUCUUCUUUUGAGAAAAUGAUAGACUGAGUAUAUACUUUGUCUUAUUUGAAGCUGCUGGUUUUCGUUUCCAGUCGGCAACAUUUGGACAUCAAACGUGCUUAUUCGAGGAACCCGUGCUUCACCCAUGUUAGCCAGAACAUGUGCGUGCUUGUUUGCACAGGCAAUGUCUGCUUUUAGGGAACACAUCUUGAAAACCAUUUCUAUGGGAGUUAUGAGAUUAGUCACUGCAAGGGCUUACUGUCGGGCAGUUUGACCAGACACAGACUCACCUAGGAGGCAAGCUUAUCUGCACACGAGGAGCAUCUAAGCCAGGGCAGGUCGUGGCAGAUUUUCUCAGGUUAAUAUUGUAGGAGAGCCGUCACGUGUGGCAGCACCAUCCUGUGGACUGGGGACCACAGGAGGGGGAAGGCAAGCUGGCAGGGGUGGUCACCACUGGGGGCUCCCUGACUUCGGACGCCAUGCUGCCAGCCAGAUUCCCCUGCUCUCAGCACGCCCUCCCCACCAUGGACAGCACCAUCUGGAGGAUGCCCUCCACCAUAAACAGCACCAUCUGGAGGAUGUCCUCUACCAUAAACAGCACCAUCUGGAGGAUGCCCUCCACCAUAAACAGCACCAUCUGGAGGAUGCCCUCCACCAUAAACAGCACCAUCUGGAGGAUGCUCUCCCCACUGUGGACAGCACCAUCUGGAAGCAUGAACCAGGACAAACCCUGUCUUACGUUGCUUUUGUCUGGGUAUGUUAUCACAGCAAAAGUAAAUGUCAUCAAUGUCAUUGUAAUAGUGCUAAUUCUGGAAGCUGUUCAGAAAUUACUAAAUAAGAUUGUUGACAAAUUUUAAUAUGUUUUGAUCCUGGAGCAUUGUAUAGUCACAAUGUCAGUCAAGCUAUCUGUAUACUCACAUAAACUGAGCUUAAUGGUUUCUCAUAAAAUAAGGUCAAAACACCA